CGCACGCACACAUACAUAGACGCACGAGGACCAGACGUUGGUAGAUGCAGGUACCAAACACUGCUAUAAUAGGGAACCGCACUUGUCAAUGGUCUCUACUUGGGAUACCUAGCCGUAUUUAAACCCCCUAGAACCACAGCGUUCAUUAUAAACCUUCAGAGCAAAGAACAAAACAAUCCUCAGUGGUAAAGGGCACAACUUUUUGUUUGUUUGUUUUUUUUUUACCACAAACGAUCCAAACGGAGGCAGCAUGAAGAAACACACACUGAGAUGGUGCCAGACCCCGCCCUCGGUAACCGUACGCACCAAGCCCAACAAUGCAUAUUCCCUCCAGAUCAAGAGAAGUCUCCGUCUUAAAAGACCCAAUCAACUAGUUGCCCAGGGUCCAGCAGGCAAGAGCCAGCCAAGUCAGUGUCAACAUGAGUUGUAUCGUGCCAAAGUUAUCUCGGGGCCGACACUUGUUGUACAGCGAGAGGAGAUGACCGCCUUCUUUAGAAUUUUUGAUGAUGUCCUCAUUCAAGACUUUCUGUGCAGGGACUGUUGCUGUAAAGUCACAGACAAGUAUCUCCUUGCCAUGACCUUUAUCUACUUCAAACGGGCUGACUUCAGCAUCGGUGAACACAACAGAACAAACUUUUUCAUUGCUCUUUACCUUGCCAACACCAUGGAGGAGGAUGAGGAGGAGAACAAGUAUGAGAUAUUCCCCUGGGCACUGGGCAGUAGCUGGAGGAAGCACUUCCCACACUUCCUCAAGCAGCGCGACAAACUCUGGGCUCGCAUGGAAUACAGAGGUGUUGUGAGCAAGCGCUGCUGCGAGGAGGUGAUCGCCAUCAUGCCAUCCCACUUGUUGUGGCAACGAGAGAGGGCGGAGCACCACAGUGGCGCCCGGCGGCAUAACGGCCAGCGAGAUCAGGUGUGCCUUCCACGGGGUCCCUCUGCGGCUCCCGCUCCAUGCACCCUAUGUGGGCACGGGGCAAAACGCUGUCGAAGCCUGGUCCUCUUCUCCUCCUCCUCCUCGUCCUCCUCCAAGUGCUCCUCCGCUACGACCCCCAGCCUCGACUCUCCGCUCUGGCUGGAGGUGGAGGCCACGCCGCCCCAGGCCAAGCCACCCCAGGCCAAGCCACCCAAGACCAAGCCACCCAAGGCCAAGCCACCCAAGGCCAAGCCACCCAAGGGGAAGGCCCGCAAGGCCAGAGGCCAGGCCCAGCGCUCCGCCUGCAGACUCACCGAGGUUCCUCCCAGUAAGGAUCCAACCAUGAAAACACUUGCAAAGAAAAACUGAGGCAUGAUUCUGGCUGUGGGUCUACUCAUGAUGCCUCCAUGGACUGGAUCAACGAAGAGUAAAGCACAACUCUGUUUGGUUUAGGGUUACAUGUAUUAUUCUUGUCUGGGAUUCCCCAGGGUUACACAUGAAUAGGCCAUCAUCAGGAACUUCGAGUUUCGUUCACAGCUAAAUAACCACUCAGUCAAAGCAAUUUCAUAGCUACCAUUAAUUGUAAACACUUCCUUGAUGUGUGUUUAUGAAGGAAUAAUAAUUUGAAUAAUAUUAUAUUAUCUAAUAUCUAUAUUGGCUCUGACCACAGGUCCUAGGAUGUCUUGCACUGGUACUUUAAGGGCAUGUUUUGAUUCUACUCUGGCUUUUAAAAUGACACAACCUGCCUUUGUAAGUGUUAAAUAAAGGCUCUAUAUGAA